AGGGCCGGUCCCUUCAGCGGGAGCCUGUGCCGACGGGGCGGGCUGACGCGGGCGUGGCCAGGCGCUGCAGCCGCCGCCAGGGGGCGCUGGCCAGCCGGCCGCGCUUGGGGCUCGGCGCGGAGCUGGCAGUCAGUCAGUGCCAGCCAGCCGGUCGCUGCAGCCGGCCGGGUAUCUGUGGCGGCGGCGGCGGCGGCAGCAGCAGCAACAACCGCAGCAGCAGCUCUCGGAGGCAGCAGCCGCAGGGAGAAGCGGCGGCUGCUCUCGCGCUGCGGGGAUGGGCGCCCAGCAGCAUCAGCAGCAGCCGCCGCCGCCGCCGCCGCGAGGUGGGCCGCCGGCCCAGGGACCGUGAGAAGCGAGCUGCCGCCGCCGCCGCGCAGCAUGGAGGCGUCGCGGGCGCUGAACCAGUCGCAGCUCUGCCGUCCCGAGAACGGCUCGGCCAACGACACCGGAUGCGACCCUUCUCGGAAACCCGCCCGCGGAGGCCCCGGAGAGCUGGACCUGACAGUGCGGGUGUUCCUCUACUCGGUGAUCUUCCUCUUCAGCGUUUUUGGGAACACCCUGGUCAUUGUGGUGCUGGCGGUCAACAAGCGCCUCCGGACCAUCACCAACUCCUUCCUGCUCUCCCUGGCGCUCAGUGACCUCAUGGUGGCCCUCUUCUGCAUGCCUUUCACCUUCAUCCCCAACCUGAUGAGGACCUUCAUCUUUGGGAAGAUCAUCUGCAAGACCGCUUCCUACCUCAUGGGGAUGUCGGUGAGUGUCUCCACCUUCAGCCUGGUCGCCAUCGCCAGCGAGCGCUACAGCGCCAUCUGCAACCCGCUGCAGUCCCGCGUGUGGCAGACGCACUCCCACGCCUACCGCGUCAUCGCGGCCACCUGGCUGCUCUCGGCCCUCCUCAUGCUGCCUUACCCCGUCUACAGCACCACCGUCUCCUUGCCCUCCAGCCCCGCCACGUUUCAGUGCAGCCACAUCUGGCCUGAGCUCCGCAUCAAGCAGGCCUGGUCCGUCCUGCUCCUGGUCACGCUGUUCUUUGUCCCCGGACUGGUGAUGAUCGUUGCUUACGGACUGAUCUCCCGGGAGCUGUACCGCGGCAUCCAGUUCGAGAUGGACCUCACCCGGGAGGCCAAAGUUCAGCAGAACGGGGGCGGCGGCGGCGGAGGAGGAGGAGCUGCGCCCCUGGCCCUUGGCGAGGAGGGGGACGGCUGCUACAUCCAGGUGCCCCGGCCUGCAGGGGGGGCCGUGGAGCUGUCGGUCCUGACCCCGGAGGCCAGCGCCAGGCAGGAGCAGGCCCGCAUCAACAGCUCCGACGCCAAGCUGCUGGCCAAGAAGAGGGUCAUCCGCAUGCUGGUGGUGAUCGUGGCCAUGUUCUUCGUCUGCUGGCUGCCCCUCUACGUGGCCAACACCUGGCGCGCCUUUGACGAGGCGGCCGCCCUCCGGGCCCUCUCGGGCACGCCCAUCUCCUUCAUCCACCUGCUGGCCUACUCCUCCACCUGCACCAACCCCCUCGUCUACUGCUUCAUGAACAAGCGGUUCCGCAAGGCCUUCGCCGCCACCUUUGUCUGCUGCCUCGCCCCCUGCCGCCGGCGCCGCCCCCACCCCCCGGAUGACGAGGCCACUGCCACGGGGGCCUCCCUCUCCAAGUUCAGCUACACCACCGUCAGCAGCGUCGGCCCCCCCUGACCCUCCGGGGGCCCGGGACGUGUCAGGGGGGCCUCCCGGCUUCUUCUUGGUUGCAGCGGGAGCCCCCUGCCGAGACCUCCCCUCCCACCCCAGGUUCCGCUGCUCUCCCCUUGACAGUAGCGUUGGGGGGCCCCAGUGGCUUGCUUCCCUCCUGGCUGAGAAGGGGUGCUUCCUGCAGGGGUCAUCAAAGGGAAAGGAGGUGGAGAUCCACCCUGGGGCGCCUGCAAAGGAGGAGGAGGAGGAGGCGCUGCCCUCCUUGGGGCUUCCUGCCUGUUUGCAGGGGCCAGGAGAGGGCCACUCAUAGAGGAAGCUGGGCCAGGGGGCUACCACUGGCCUUUCCCAGAUCUCCUAGCUGGGGCACCAGUGGAUAGAGACAGACCUCCUGCCUCCACAGCACGUAACACGCCCCCCCCCCCGAGGACCGCCUCUUCCCCAGGACAGAAUGAUCCCGCUCCUCAUCCGCCCCCCAAUGCCCCUGGCAGCUGUUCUCGGUCUGGCUCCCCCCCCCGCCCCGCUUCUCUGCUGGAAGCCCCUAUGCUUCAGGGGGGCUGCUUAGAGGGUGGUGCCCAGGGAGGUGGAGUGUGGCUCUGGAAGAGGCAGGGGGGAGGAGGACGGGAAAGGGCCUGGCUGCAGGGCCAGAGGCCGCCGUGGGGCCAGGACUCUGGAGUCCAGCCUCCUGUUUCCCCAGAAGGCCCUGAUGGUUCCCUUUCCUGGAGCAGUGGCUGGUCAGCUGCCCGGUGGCAGGAAUCUGGCUGGCCUGCCCUUGACUGAGGAGGCCAUGUGCUGCGUGGGGGGUGAGUGGUGGUGGCCAUCUGGUGCUGCCCCUCAGGACCAUCAGCCUCUUCCUGGCGAGUGAGGGGAGAAGGGAGGCCGGCUUUGCUUCUCUCAAGCAGCAGGGGCCCCACCCCCACCCAGGCCGGGCUCCGGCCAGUCUCCCUCCCUGAGGGCCCCCCCCGCGCGCCUUUUCACCAGCAGAGAAUCCCGCUUCUGCCUCUCUUGUUGUGCCGGUUGGGGUGCGGGGUCUUGCUGGCUGUGUCUGUCCAAUAAAGCCCUUGGAAUGGAA